AUGGCAUCGGGAGCUGCUAUGGCAGCCACUCAAAUAGACAUCGAGUCAACAUUCUCGCAACAUACUUCGAUCUCCAAAAGGAAACUAGCACGAGCGACGGAAGCGUUUACCCAAACCCUUAGUGAAAGUGACAUUGAUAAGUCCCCUGCAACCGCAGGAGUCAUCGAGAAGAUUGUUCUUCAGAACUUCAUGUGUCACGACUACUUUGAACUUGAACUAGGGCCACAAUUGAACUUCAUCAUUGGCCGUAAUGGGAGUGGGAAAUCAGCGAUUUUGACCAGUAUCAGCGUUGGGUUAGGUUGUAAAGCAAAUGAGACUGAUCGUGGGAAAAACUUGAAAGCUUUAAUUAAAAGAGGUACCAACUCGUCAAAGAUCACCAUUACUUUUGCCAACCGGGGUGAUGAAGCUUUUGAACACGAUAAAUAUGGGGAUAAGAUCGUGGUGGAAAGAACUUUAAGAUUAGAAGGUACCAGUGGGUAUUCGCUACGUUCGGAAUCAGGGAGAUUGGUUUCCAAUAAGAAGAUGGAUUUGGAUUUGAUAUUAGAAUUCUUUGACAUCACAAUCAAUAACCCUUUGGCGUUUUUGUCCCAAGGUGCCGCCAAAACUUUCUUGGCCGCCAGCACCGACGAUGAUAAAUACUCGUUUUUCAUGAAGGGGAUUCAAAUGGAACAAACAAUUAACGAAUAUAUCCAUUCCAACGCCCAAAUCCAAAAAAUUGGUAAACAGAUUGAAUUGGCAAACUCUAGCAUCCAGGCUCUUAGAGAAGACGCAGAAAAGGCCAAAGAAACUUAUGAAAAGUUCCAUAAAUUUAAGAAUCUUCGAGAACAUAAGAAAAUCAUUUCUGGUAAAUUAAUUUGGCAUCAAAUUAUUCGUGGAGAGUUUGAUAUCCAAGCCUUACAAGACAAAAAACAAGAACUCGACGCCAAUAUUCAUGAUUUACAAAAUAAAAUAGAAACCUACGGUUCAAAUUUGAAUCAGUUGAUCCAAGAUCAAGCCACGGUAGAUGAGGAAGCAAUAGGCAAAAAGACAGAAUACCACCAAUUAUGCAGUGAAAAACAGGGAUAUAAACAGAAACUGAGAGACUAUGAGAAUAAGAUUGGUUCAGUUCAAAAUAGAAUUGAUGAUUUACAAAGAGAUAUUCAUUCGAAACACCGGGAAAUCAAGCAAUUGGAAAGUAAAAUUGCCGUGGAAAUCAAGAAAUUGAACGAUGCAGAGAAUGGCGAAUCGCUUGAAGUGCGGCUCAAUGAAUUAAAUUCAUCCAGAGAAUCACAGUUAGUAGAACAGCAAGAGCUUGUGAACGCCUAUCUUGAAUUGGAAGAUUCAUCCAAAUCACAAUACAACAGUUCCAACUCGGAAGUUGGGUAUCGUAAAAAGGAAAUUCAAGAACUCAGACAAAACAGACACAUAAUCUUGAGUUCUGAAAAGGAUAAAUUGGCGCCAUUUGGUAACAACAUGCGAAAAUUGUUGCAAGACAUUGACCGCGAACAUCGCCGAUUCCACAGCAAACCAAUUGGCCCAAUUGGUAGUUUAAUAUCCAUAAAACCAGGGUAUGACGAUUACCACCAGUUGCUUGAAGGACAUUUGAAAGCGUUAGUUGAUUCCUUUGUGGUUGAAAACUUUCACGAUCUGGAAAUUUUAAAAGGUAUGAUGAAAAGACGGAACAUAAAUAGUAGGAUUAUCACCAGAAAAUUCGAACAGUUUGAUUAUUCUGAGGUUUAUAACUUUAUCACUGGAGAUUUACAAAUGAAAACCAUGCUAGAUGCUUUAGAAUUUCAAAAUGUUGACGCGAUGUAUUCUCUAAUUGAUGCGAGAUUCAUCGAACAAGUGGUGUUGUGUGAGUCUGAUGACAAUGCUGCUAAUAUUCUUCAUAACAAUCCGCUGAUUAAGGCAAUGUUAUCGCUAUUCGAUGGGAGAUCUGGGAAAAAACUUUCGGUUAACCCGGCCACCCAUGCGUUCAGAUCAGAUCCUUUCUAUUACGAUUUUGGACAAUAUUCCAAGAUCCAGAUUGGUGGCAAUAAUGAUAACAUCGACGCACAAAUUGUGAAAAUUGAUAUCAGUAUCGAGGAGAAGACAUUGGAAUUGAGACAACUAGAAUCUCAAAACACUAGUGCAUUCAGGAAAAUGAAGGCAGAAAUGGAAACUACCAAAAGAAAAUUGGAACAAAUGAAGAAAAAAAUCAGAAUGACCGAUAAUGAAAUCCAUAACAUUCAAGUGAAAUUAGAUAGAAAUGAUGAUUCCAGUAAAUUGGAAGCGUACCAGCAAGAGAAGAGUAACAUCGAGGAAGAAAUCAUCAUUAAUGAAAGAUCUAUCAAUGGUUCCAACAAUGAGCUUCAAAUGAUGAAGCAAGAAUUCGAUGAAUUCUAUCAAGAAUAUGAAUCUUUCAACGCGAAUAUCAGCAAUGCCGAGCAACACUUGCAAAAAUUAGAACGGAAAUCCCAAAAGUUGAAACAACAACAAAUGGUGAUCAAGGAUGAAAUUGACAAUACGAAACUUACCAUCACCAAACGUACGAAAAUUUCCCAAGCCAUUGAUCACAAUAUUUCCGAACUUAGUGAAAGAGUUGAUCAAGAGACCCCUAAAGCGGAAAGAUGGUGUAGUCGUGAAGCCGCUAACAUUGAUUUGAGUCGAGAAUCGCUAGAUGAUAUUAAAUAUCAAUACGAAGUGAUUAAUCAACAAUUGUCCCAAGUUAAUCGGGCGUUAGGCAAAGCCGAAGACCAGAUCAUCGAGGAAUAUAAUUCCAAGACCAUGGUGUUUAAAGAAGCCAGAGAGGAAUUGGUGAAAGCCCACCAAUUGCGAGAAAAAUUGACGAAGGCAAUCACCAACCGUGUUCAUGCCGCAAAAACCAAUCGUGAAUUAUUAUGUUUGGCGGCCAAUCAAGAUUUCUCUAGUUCGUUACAUCAACGAGGAUUUGAAGGGAAACUAGAUUUUGAUUACGUGCAAAAGAAACUCAAGAUGUUGGUGGGUAAAGAUGGUAAGCCCCCACGAGAGGUGACGGCAUUAUCGGGUGGGGAGAAAUCGUUCACGCAAAUUGCGUUAUUAUUGGCGAUUUGGAAGCCUAUGAGAUCGAAGAUUAGAGGGUUAGACGAAUUUGAUGUGUUUAUGGAUACUGUGAAUAGAAAAAUCAGUAUGCGAUUGAUGUUGGAAAGUUUACGGAAAGAACCAAAAUCGCAAACGAUUUUCAUCACCCCACAGGAUAUUGGGCAUGUCAAAGGGAUUGAUGCUGAUGAUGUACAUAUUCAUAAACUUAAAGAUCCGGCAAGAAUGAACAAUUCUACUAAUCAUGACUGA